CGCAUUGUUGGCGUGAACGUGCACGUUCUUCGAGUCUGCAAUACCUCUGCAAGCAAGACGUCACUGUAAAGCGAGGUACAGGUGACCCUGAACACGUGGCAAAAUACAUUUUGAAAAUGGCCUGCACUGAAGAAAAGUUAGAGCAUAACCUGUAAACCCAAGGCUUCCUUCCAGGCCGACUUUCUGCAACGUCGCUGCGGUCAGGCUGAGCGAGCUACGGGCAAGUGGCGCAUCUCCUUGAACCCGGCACGGCCUAGAGACUACGGUCUUGAACCAGAAUGGCAGGGAGUGUCUUCCUGCUUCUAUUAGCUGGGACCCUGCUCUGUGGGCUACUGUUCCACACAGUGAGCCAUAAUGAAGCUGGGGACAGGACCCGCACCAGGAGACCCAACUUCAUCAUCAUUCUGGCAGAUGAUAUUGGAUGGGGAGACCUAGGUGCCAACCAGCAGGCGGGUCAGAGUUCAAGCCAAACCCCUCAUCUGGAUCUGAUGGCCCAGCAAGGAAUGAGGUUGACAGACUUCCACUCCCCAGCCUCCACCUGCUCCCCGUCCCGUGCUGCUCUCCUCACAGGCCGACACGGCCUGCGGAACGGGGUCACACACAACUUCGCUGUGGGGUCCGUGGGGGGGCUACCCCUCUCUGAGAACACCCUGGCUGAGAUACUGCACCAGGGUGGAUACUACACAGCCAUGAUUGGUAAAUGGCAUCUAGGGCACAAUGGUCCGUACAGUCCCACCAACAGAGGUUUUGACUACUACCUGGGGAUCCCAUACAGCAAUGAUAUGGGCUGUACAGACCUGCCUGGUUACGACCUGCCCUCCUGCCCUCCCUGUUACCCUGGACCACAGAUACUACACAACAGAUUGAAGAGGAGUGGCUACAGCAGCUGUUACACCAAAGUGGCUCUGCCUCUGUUUGAGAACAGGACCAUUGUAGAGCAGCCUCUGGACCUGUGGAGGCUAACGCAGCGAUACACAUCCACUGCACUCAAUGUCAUACACACAGCCAGGGAACGGGGACAACCUUUUCUGCUCUAUGUAGCUCUGGCACACAUGCACGUCCCCCUGUCCCCCCCUUCCUACGCCCCCCACCCCUCAGAGGGCGGUGUUUACGCUGCCAGUCUGCGGGAGAUGGACGGUCUGGUGGGGGCAAUAAAGAAUGCCUCUGAUGCCUCAGACAAGGAGAACACUCUCAUCUGGUUCACUGGUGAUAAUGGUCCCUGGGAGCAAAAGUGCCAGUAUGCAGGAAGUGUGGGUCCUUUCCUGGGGAAGUGGCAGACCAGCAGAGGUGGGGGCUCUGCCAAGCGGACCACUUGGGAGGGGGGGCACAGGGUGCCCACAGUGUCCUACUGGCCUGGCAGAGUACCAGCCAACAGCACCAGCUCUGCCCUGCUCAGUGGUCUGGAUAUCUUCCCCACCCUCCUCUCCCUAGCUGGAGUGAACCCCCCAUCAGACAGACGCUAUGACGGUAUCGACGCCACAGACGUCCUCCUACACGGCAAAGAAACAGGAAAUGAGUUCCUCUUCCACCCCAACAGUGGCGCUGCAGGGAAGUAUGGGGACCUGCAGACUGUCAGACUGGGGUGCCACAAGGCCUUCUACAUCACGGGUGCGGCUGAGGCAUGUGGGGGGUCUAAAGGGAGGCAGGAGCUCCACGACCCCCCUAUGAUAUUUGACCUGUCUGGGGACAAGGGCGAGGAGACACCCCUGGACCCCACCACGGAGGAGUACAAGGAGGUGGAUGAGAGGGUGAGGAGGUGGAGGGAAGCGCUGCUCUAUGACAUUGCCACUGACCAAUCAGUGUCCACAGCCGACUACGCCACAGACCAAUCAGCAGCCCCCUGCUGUGACCCCCGGCACACAGCCUGCCGCUGCCUCACCCUGGGCUGAGGACACACACACAUUCAGUGUUACACACAGUUUGACAUUCACAGAAAGUCCGACUGAUACGCAGACACACACACACUUUAGUUUUAGUCCAAUAAUUGUUUGCUCUUGGAGGUAUAUGCGUGCCCAUGGGAAUGUAGAAAUCACAGACCUGUAGCCUACAUCUGGGUUAAUGUAAACAACCCCAGAGACCAACCAGAAACAUUCGCCAGAGUGAAGAAGAAAAGCAAAUAUUAGAACUAGCAUCAGCCUGUUGUUAGGAGGCCGGACUGUGGGUCAUUCUCCUGGAGGUCAGUACUGGGGAUUGACUGAGACACAUUGCUCACUGCUGCUCUGAGGGGAAACAUGGGAAGACAGCUGCUGUUGCGUAGCAAGGACAAUUUACUGUAUUAUUACCAAUAUUAAGUGUUUUCCUGUACACAGGCUUUUUGUACAGUUAUAUAACAGAGGCUUCUGGGUUGCUCUAGCACUCUCUGGUGGGGAGUAUAUGACCAUGCAAUAAGUAGGAUGAAGUUGCCAAUACACUGAUCUAAGACCAGUUUAGUUUCUCCCACGAAUAACUUCACUUUAACCCAAAAUCAAAACAUCUGAAGAACAAAAAGCACCACCCUUUGGCAAAUCAGUCACAGGAUCAUAACAAUAGGUGUGCUAUUUACAUACUAUAUGUAUAAAUGUAUAUAUACACAAACAAUAAUCACUUUCCGCCAAAACCAAAAGAUCUAUUGAUGAAUAAUACUAAUUUCAUUUUCCAAAAGAGUAUUUAAUACAAGUCAACAUAGUUUUUUUACAAAGUAAAAAGAUCUGUCAUGUCUGAAAUGUUACAAUAUUCAAUAUUAUGUAGUCAAUGGUGUUAAUAAUGAAAUCAAUUAAAUAAAAGGACCUGUACGAUCCUAUAAUACAGUUCUCUAUUCAGUUUUUCA